CGCACUGUUGUGUUGGAGUACUACUCCAGGAUUAUAAUCUCACGCUGUCAGCAUCAACACGCAGGACUCGGAGUAGAAGCGUAGGUAGGAUCGAUCAACAGCCGCGGCAAGUGUGUUUGUUGUGAGCUGAACCGUCCACACGUUUAACUGGACGGCCAUGAACACGUCCAGGUCUCGACGUGCCGUUGCGAGUUUGGAGACAUCAUUCGUGGAGCGAGUCCUCUAGCCCUGACCUACCUCCCCUUGUCGCUAAACAGAGAAGGCAUUCAUUUGGGUUUGGGAAACGUUCUUUCCAUCUGUUAAUCUACUUUCUUGCUUCUCCCCUCUCCUCUGUCAUCCCCACACAUGGUGUGAUCAGCCAAGAGAGACUAGACUAGAUUACUCGCGCAGCCAUGCCUCCGCCGCUAGCCACCGUGCUGACGCUGCUCCUGGCGCUGUCCGUCGGCGCGGCCCGCGGCGCCGACGACCUGGCGUCGGACACGGCGGCGCUGCUGGCCUUCCUCGCGCCCUUCGGCUCCGCGUCCGUGUCGUGGAACACAUCCCAGCCGACGUGCGCCUGGACUGGCAUCAUCUGUUCCGGCGGCCGCGUCACGCAGCUCCACCUCCCAGGGGACGGCCUCCGCGGCUCCUUCCCCGCCGGCGCCCUCGGCCGCCUCAACAAGCUCGCCGUGCUCUCCCUGCGCUACAACGCGCUCUCCGGGCCCAUCCCGGCCGACCUUGCCUCGUGCGUCCUGCUGCGGGUCAUCAACCUGCAGUCCAACCACCUCUCGGGCGAGCUCCCCGCCGCCGUCCUCUCCCUCCCGGCGCUGACGCAGCUCAACCUCGCCGAGAACCGCUUCUCGGGGAAGAUACCGCCCACCAUCGCCAACAACGGGAAGCUGCAGCUGCUCUACCUGGACGGCAACCUUUUCACAUCCGAGCUGCCGGACGUCACCAUGCCGUUCCUCACCGCUCUAAACGUCUCCUUCAACAACCUCACGGGCGAGAUCCCGAAAAGCUUCGGCGCCAUGCCGGCCGCGUCUUUCCUCGGUAUGCCGCGCUUGUGCGGCAAUCCCCUCCCCUCGUGUCAGACGCCGUCUUCCCAACCGCCGUCCACGGCUCCCGGGCUCCCGCCGCCCGAAGCCACGGGAGCCACAAACAGCCCCGGGCGAGGCCGGCGGCACCUCGCGGGCGGCGCCAUCGCUGGCAUUGUGAUCGGCUCCGCUUCUGGCUUGCUGCUCCUCGCGGCCGUCCUCGUCCUCGUCUGCGGCGCCAUGCGCAGCAGCGAGGCGAGAAGAACCCACCGCAGCCAGGACGCCGUCGCGGCGGAGCUGGCCCUGCACAGCAAGGAAGCCAUGAGCCCGAACGGGUACACUCCACGGGUCUCCAACGCGAGGCCGCCACCGCCGCCUGUAGCAGCUCCAAUGCCGCCUCCGGUGGCCCCCGUCGCCGUGGGGCGGAAGAAGCUCUUCUUCUUCGGGAGGGUGCCGAGGCCGUACGAUCUCGAGGACCUGCUGCGCGCGUCCGCCGAGGUUCUCGGGAAGGGCACCUACGGCACCACGUACAAGGCCGCGCUCGAUUCCGCGCCGGCAGUGGCGGUGAAGCGGCUCAAGGAGACCUCCCUUCCGGAGCGCGAGUUCCGGGACAAGAUCGCCGGGAUCGGCGGGAUGGACCAUCCCAACGUGGUGCCCCUGCAGGCAUACUACUUCAGCAAGGACGAGAGGCUCAUGGUCUACGAGUUCGUCGCCACCGGCAGCCUCUCCUCAAUGCUUCACGGCAACCGUGGCUCCGGGCGAUCGCCGCUGAGCUGGGAGUCGCGUCGGCGGAUCGCGCUGGCGUCGGCGCGCGGCCUGGAGUACAUCCACGCGACGGGGUCCAAGGUGGCGCACGGCAACAUCAAGUCGUCCAACAUCCUCCUGGGCGGCGGCGGCCGGUCGUCGGGGGGCGACGCCGCGGCGCGCGUGGCGGACCACGGCCUGGCAGGCCUCGUGGGCCCGGCGGGCGCGCCGUCGAUGCGCGUGGCGGGGUACCGGGCCCCCGAGGUCGUCGCCGACCCGCGGCGGCUGUCGCAGAAGGCGGACGUGUACAGCUUCGGGGUGCUGCUGCUGGAGAUGCUGACGGGGAAGGCGCCGACGAACGCCGUGCUUCACGACGAAGGCGUGGACCUGCCGCGGUGGGCGCGCUCCGUGGUGCGCGAGGAGUGGACGUCCGAGGUGUUCGACACGGAGCUGCUCAGGCACCCGGGGGCCGAGGAGGAGAUGGUGGAGAUGCUGCGGCUCGCCAUGGACUGCACCGUGCCGGUACCCGAGCAGCGGCCCGCCAUGCCGGAGAUCGUCGUCCGCAUCGACGAGCUCGGCGGGCCGGCGUCGUCGGGGCACUCGAUGUCGCGGCCAGGACGGAGCGUGUCGGUCGACGAGGCCGACGACCGGCCGCUCAAGCCCGCCGGCUCGAUCCGGGAUAGCUGAAGUUUGCUCCACAUUUCACGGUGACUGCUCGGUAACUUAUGGAAGGUUCUGCGGGUAAAGAAAGAAAGAAAAUAUUUUCUUGUGUUUGUGUUAGGGCGGUUACCGUGUGCUGUUUUAUAUUCUUUUGAAGUUUCAUGAAUUUCUUGAUUCUUCUUCCUUCAGAAUUCUUUCGAUUAGCUGCGUGUGUUGAGAGAUGUUGGCGAUAGGAGACGGACCUGUGCAAUAUGUAAUUACAGCAUGAUUGAGUUGAAUUUGCUUC